AUGGGCUCUUGGCUUUUAGGCCUCCUCAUACUUCUGCCCCUAGCAUCAUGUACUCUAGAAUGGUUUGAUGAAGAUUUGAUUUUUUCCUUUAUAAACAAAUCUCAAACACUCGAUGUUACUGAUGAAUGUCGAGUCAGUUUGAGCCGGGUCGAAUCUUAUCUGAAGGAUCAAGCUACUCUUGAAUCUCAACGUAUUUUCUUCUCUGAAUCCUUUGGUAAAGGGCCAUCAAACCUCUUCCUCUCCCGGGAUCAAGACCGAUGGAUUUACAAAGGCUAUGAAUGUCUUUUGGCAGCAGGAGAAACGAUUUACUCAAAAAGUGAACAUCCCAUGCACUACUGUUAUACUUAUGAUGAUGACGAUGAGCAUGAGUUGAAAAGACAGAGUAAACAAUCAGCUUUGUCAGUUUGCAUCCCAACUCCAUGCGCUAGUGAUAAUCCAAAGCUUCUGAGAGAAUGGAGACGUCUCAUAGCCCCCAAAGAAGAUAAUCUCCCUCUCCCAGAGACAACUUGCACAAAAUCGAGACAUGAGAAACAAUGGUUUGAGAAAUUUGUACCUGUGGCUGACUUAGCUUUCAACUUGCUACUUCUCAUGCUUGUAAUCAUGGCCACCAUAUUCCAUCAUAUGCGAGGGGAACAAGUCAAAUCUUUUUCUGCACAAGUAAUGAUGGCUUUUUCAUUAAAAAGAAACUUGAAGAAGCUUACAAGUUUACCAAAAGAUCCACAAUCUUGCAUUACUUGUCUGUGUGGAAUUCGUGUUUUGUCAAUGAUUUGGACGCUGGCUGGUCAUUCAUUCAUUUUCGUUCAAGCAUAUCUGGAGAAUGUUCAAGAUUACAAAGACGAUUUAGUAGAUAACUUUGGAAACCAAUGGAUCACUAACUUCACCUUAUCCGUUGACACCUUCUUGGUUCUUGGUGGAACAGUGUUAUCUUAUAGUUGGUUCCGAAAAUGGCUUAAGAACACAACAGAAUCUGAACCUACAUGGACAUCAUGGGGUUAUUGGCUUCGAUUCUAUCGUCAUCGUAUCGUUCGUCUUUGGCCAGCUUAUUUAUACACGAUCAUGUGUGUAACGCUGCGCAUUUCGGUUACUCAUUUCCACCCAAUGUGGCCACCUACCGAUCCAGGUGUUCAAUGCCCAAAGCAUUGGUAUGAGAAUGUGCUUUUCAUCAAUUCUCUGUUCAACAACCGUUGUAUGCCCUGGACGUGGUACAUCGGCACAGAAUUCAUCUUCUACAUUGUUUCUCCUGUUUUCUUACUUCUCCUUCGACAACGUCCAAACGUUGGAUGGUUCGUAUGUGUUGGAACAAUUGCCGCAUCAGCAGGAUUGAACACUUUGAAAAUUGUAGAACGAAACUUCCCACCAACUCAAUUCCUCUGGAAACAACCAGAAAUCUUCAACCCCAACUUCAUCCAACAUCAUAUUGAACUUUACAUAAAGCCACAAUAUCGCAUUGGACCUUACAUCGUUGGCAUUCUUUUAGGAUACUAUCUUGCAAGAUAUCAGAGACAGCCAGUGAAGCUCCCAAGAAGCAAGCAGUUCAUUGUCGUUGGAUGGAUAGUAGGCUUAUCAUGCUUCUUCUGGGGAAUGUAUGGCUUGUACCCCGCUCUUCAAGGAUGGGAUUGGCCAAUCUACCACUUGAUCUAUGGAUCAAUUCAUAGAGAUGUCUUCGCUGUUGGAGUUAGUUGGAUAAUUUAUGCUUGUCACACAGAUCUUGGUGGAUGGCUCAACUAUCUCUUGAGUGCUAAGCCUUUGUUACCGUUGUCAAAUCUCUGUUACUCCGCCUAUCUUUUCCACAUGAUUCCUGUUGUUUUAACGUAUCUUUUGGCUCCUUUCCCUUUCUGGUAUAGUACGAAGUGGUCUAUCGUGGCUCACUGUGUCGUGCAGCUAGCUAUAUCUUAUCUGUUUGCCAUGAUCUGCACAAUGACUGUAGAAUAUCCAGCAUUGAAUAUUGAACGAAUACUUCUUGCACCUCGACCUAAGACAACACUGAAGCCAGUGGUAACGGCAGAAGCUGAUGAACAGCUCAAGCCUCAAUGA